AUAAAUUAUAAGUAUAGUAUCUACCACAGAAGGGCAUGCUGAGAGUUAUCCAUGGCUCCAAUAUCGUAGAUACUCGUUGACAGAAAUUUCUCUGUCUAAACAAUCCAAUAAAAUCCAGUAAUAUAUUAUACUUAUAUUAUAUUUUAUAUUUUUUGACGGCCUCCGUGGCGCAGUGGUAUGCGCGGUGGAUUUACAAAACGGAGGUCCUGGGUUCGAUCCCCGGCUGGGCCGAUUGAGAUUUUCUUAAUUGGUCCAGGUCUGGCUGGUGGGAGGCUUUGGCCGUGGCUGGUUACCACCCUACCGACAAAGACGUACCGCCAAGCGAUUAAGCAUUCCGGUACGAUGUCGUGUAGAAACCGAAAAGGGGUGUGGAUUUUCAUCCUCCUCCUAACAAGUUAGCCCGCUUCCAUCUUAGACUGCAUCAUCGCUUACCAUCAGGUGAGAUUGUAGUCAAAAGCUAACUUGUAAAGAAUAAAAAAAUAAAAAUAUAUAUAUACCAAGGGAUCCCUGUCAAAGAAGGGAUCUAUGUUAAUAUCUGUGAAUGUAAUACAGUGACUAUCUCGGUUAUAUUAAUUCUCUGUCUACGUCGUAAAAUGUACAAGAUGCGGUUUCUUAGGAAUUACGAUAUAUAUUAAUUUACUCUUUUGAUUACGAUAAACAAAAAGCAAAUCCUCUAUCAAAGUACAAUCGUAUUACUUUUUUGAGAUUUAUAGAUAAAUAAAUAAAUAAAUAAAUAUACUUGUCUAGAGCAUGAGUACCUUAAUAUCAAACUUUAUACCUUCUUUAUACUUUAUAGCUUAAAAAUUAUGCCUCUAAAUUAUAAUUUUAUAUAAGUAAGUAUUGAAUCAAAAUUGGACUGGCACAUAGCAGUCACAUGUCAAGCAAGCGUAAAAAAUAAUAUUAAUUAAAGAUGGAUUGUUUUUUGAGCUGUCAAAUGACAAAAAUAGGGUAACGUCACGAUGCGAUCUAAAUUAACAGCUUUAUAUAAAGGUUUUAGAAGACUAGCAACGAAAUCCGGUAAGUUAUAUAUUUAAUUGAUAACUACAGUGAAAUGAAUAGAUGCUAUUAUAAGUAUCCAUUAGCUUUGAGAAGUAUUUUUAAUCUUAUUUUUUCAUUUCAGAUUCGUCAAGAAAAGAUGGUGGGUUUACAUAUGACUCAAAAGACUACUUCGUUCACUAGAUGCUUAUGAAAUUUACGAUAAAAGUUUAUCUACAAAUGAAUAUGAAUAGUUCAAUUGUGGUGACAUUGCAUACCUACCACUUAUUUUAUAACUAGUAGACGCCGCGUGGUUCCCGUUCCCGUAAGAAUAGAUGGGCUAUCUAACACUGUAAGAAUUUUUAAAAUCGGACCAGUAGUUCCUGAGAUUAGUGCGUUCAAUCAAACUAACAAAUGAACUCUUCAGCUUUAUAAUAUAACUUAUAGAUUUAAAAUCCUGAAUGUUUUUGCAAUUUUAUUAAAAAUGGAACACAAGCUAAAUCCGUGAUUUGCAGCAACCUAGCAUGAAGUUUUUAAUAAUCUUGUUUUUCCGACAGUAUUUUGCCAACCUCACAUGAACGAGUUGCCAGUGCCCUGUGGACCUUGGGAUCCGUGGUACCGAAAAAAACAAACCUUUUAUAUGACACAUUUUGUGCUCGGCUUAUCCUGGUGGUUAUUUUCAUUGUUCAUGGCAUUAUACACGAACAGCAUAUAUUUAAAUUGGGCUCCUCCCAGAUUUCCCGCCCCUCCCAGCGAUAUGGUGGACGUAUGCGACGAUUCCGACUCCUGAGGGAAGCAAACACGUGUAGCGACCACAAAUUUUGUAACACUUUUGAUAUUGGUAUCUUAUCAUUCUUCGGAAUACUUUACCAGAUUAUUUAUAGGGUUUUGAUGCGAGUACUUUGAAAUUAUUUUAACUCCAGUACAAUACUUGCGUUUCAAACUUUAGUCCUCGACUGCGUGGUAAUGAGAGCGGGGGUAACAGAGGAGAGGCUAGGGGUCGCUUUUUUUCAUUUAUUUAUUGUCAGUACGUUACCUAGCACUCGUCAAUGGCAUACCUCGUGACGAAAGAAAGAUGUACAUAUUGUCGCCCUAUAGCAGAACAAUCGAAAAUAUCUCUGUUUAGUCUUAUAUUACGUAGGUAACAAAGAGAGAUUUUUAAUUUCGCCGUUGUUUUUGAUAUCUCUCGUCAUGAGUUUAUGUCAAUGAUUUCGCCCCCUCUCCCCCUUAAAAGAAGCCCUUUUAAGCAGUAUGCCUUGAAUGUUUAAAUAAGAUUCAUAUAUUUUUAUUGUUCAAAACAUCAGCUGUCUAUUUCUAUUUAGGCAAUAAAUGGUUUCUUAGACCAUGUAGUUUACCAUGGAUAGUGGAAUAACAUUUAUGACAUUAUAGGUGCCAAUGCACAUUGUAUUUAUUGUUCAAUCAAGGAUUCUCCAGGUUUGUAGAGCACAGUGCUUCACUUGCCUAGAAAGGGUAUUUUGUAAAUACUAAUAAUGAGGACAGUUGUUAUUGUAUUUGAAGGAGUUUUCACCCCUGAAAAGUCAGUCUAAGCAGGCAAACACUUCCAGGCCUAGUGCGUUAUCAAAAAAACUGCCUUUAAUGUACAGACUAAACUAAACUUAACGCAGGCUAAGAGUCGGCAAGCUGACUGUGUCAGGAGUGGAGGAAGCUCGCGUGUAUUUUUUACAAAUGAAAUGUUUUUUGUCUUUUUUCUGUACUGUAACUAAACCUUAUUGUCAAAGCAUAUCUAAGUA